GAAAAUCAAUCUAUUAUUAUUAUUUUCAUGUUUGCAUAUUAAAGGGCAACAACUCAUUACAGUUUCCGGUGUAGAGUUUCCGGUUGAUAUGGACAAUAAGGAAAUCAAAAGUAAGCUAAAGGCAGCACGUGAAGCCUUGAAGAAUAAAAAUUAUGAAGAAGCUGAAAACAUCUGUAAAGUCAUCCUUGAUUUUGAUGAGAAGAACUACAAUGCCUUGGUUUUCAGAGCUGUGGCUAAUGUUGAAACAAAACACGCAGAGGAAGCCAUAUCAUAUUAUAAACAAGCCAUUGAAAUUAAUCCAGAUCAAGUCCUAGCUUGGCAGGGUCUGUGUAGUUUCUAUGAGAAGAACUCUUCAUCCAACAACAAGACUGAACUGAUUCCUAUUUAUGAAAAACUUCAGGUCUUGUAUGAAAGUGAGAAAGACAAACAGUUGGAAGUCCUGAAGAAAUAUGUUGCUCUCUGUUCUGAGUUUGGUUUUGUUGAGAAGGCCAUUCCUGUCUAUCAGAAACUUCUGUGUUUAUCUGGUGAGUCUUCUACCGAGAGUGUCAAACUACUCCAAGACAUGUCACAACUUCUCAACAAACAUAAAGAUAUAUCUGAACAAUAUGGAAAUGUUCUUAUUUCCAACUAUCGCAAAGCACUGGAUAACAAGGACUUACCUGCUGACGACAAGAAAUGGCUGGCAGCUAAUUAUAUAUUCAGUUUAUUAAAGAAUGACGAUCAAGAAUUCCUCUUGUCAGAAAUUUCUCAACUGAAAGACUCUCAUCCAGAUAACAGCACCGUUAUAGAAUAUUGUUUGUUAAUAGAACUGGACUCAAAAAUUGGUUAUUUGGUUCCAAGCUUUGAUGAUUCUUUUAAAAAACUUAUGGAAAAACUGGCCACUAUUGAUGAGUCUUCAGCUGUGUUAAGCAUAUGUCGUGGAGUGUAUAGUAUUCUCAGUAAGGACUACAAGGUUGCAACUGAGCAUUUCAGAGAAGGUCUGGAACGAGAUCCUCUGUUGUUCUGUGCUCAUUACUACUUGUCAUUGUCCCUAUAUUACCUCCACGAUAAAAACCUCGUUGACAAAGCCAGCAAUAUUGGAAUCAAAGCUUCCCAGAAGAAAACUGGACGAUUAACUGUGUCUGUUAACCAGUUGACAACUGGUCUGUACCUAUUGCAGGCAAAGAUGUCCUUGGAAAACACAUCCCUUGGUGUGUUAAACAAUAUGGUGAAACUUCUGAUUGACACGGAAAGCAGCAACAUUGAGAUUCAGAUAACUCUUGCCUAUCUUUACAUCAAGCUAGAAAAAUACCAACAGGCUGAGGAGUGUGUGGAGAAACUUGCUGAAUCAGAAUCUGCUGAGGUUGUUGCCCUCAAAGGUUGGCUGCUCUUUCAUCAGGGGAAUUACGAAGUUGCCUUGCAGAAACUUUUGGCUGCUGUGUCAGAAUAUCCCGAAAGCAGCAAGUUUCUUUUGAUGCUUGGCCGUAUCUAUUGGCAACUGAAAGACUCCCACACUGACAACCAAGAGAGCAGCAACUAUUCUGAGAAGAGUUUUAAAUCUUUCCUUCAGGCUGCCAAGUUGGAUCCUUACAAUUGUGAGAUAUUUCUUUAUCUCGGACAUUUCUAUCUUCAUGUACAACAAGACAAAGAAAAAGCUAGAAAAUGUUAUCAAAAGGCUUUUAAUCUUGAUCCUGAAAAUUCCGAUGUUGGUGCUGCAUUCUGUGAUAUUAUGAUGGAUACUGGAGAUGUUGGAGAUGAGAGUGUUUUAGAAUAUUUGAAGUCUGUGACUACUAAAGCUGGCCCUGGUGGUGCUAAAUGGGCUUGGUUACGGUUAGGAUUGAAAUAUUUGAAGAACGAGGACCCCAAUAAUGCUGUUAUUUCUUUCCAAGCUGCUCUGCGUCCCGAUCCUCUUGAUUUUCAUAUAUGGGAAUGUCUCGGUGAGGCAUACAUUAAUCGAGGCAGUUACACGGCAGCUUUAAAGGCAUUUACUAAGGUCACUGAGCUUGACGCAGACUCCGUCUACAGCCAGUACAUGUAA